AUAUAUUUAUGGUACGCGUUCGAGAUGAUGAUUAUUGGACCAUCUUUUCACCUAUGGAUGUAAAGAUAUCACUAGGAUAUGACCUAAACAGAUUAUAUGGUCAGAAAUUCAAUGAUGCAUAUAUUCGUUGUGAGGUAGAGUUAAAACACAAGAAAACAAUCAAAGCACAGAAGUUAUUUUUUGAUAUAAUCAAAAUGCAAUGUAAUACUGGUGAACCAUUUUUGUUCUUUAUUGAUAAUACCAAUAAAAAAUCCAACCAAAGCAACAUUGGACCAAUUGUGACACCAAACCUAUGCACAGAGAUUGUCGAACAUACAGAAAGUAUACCCGUUUGUAACCUUCGUGCUGUCAUUUUACCUAACCAUAUUUCUUCAGAAAAUGAAUUCGAUUUCACCGAAUUACAACAUUCUGUUAGACUUCUUGUAAACUCAUGUGACCGAUCAAUCGAUCUAACAUCUUACCCAUUGUCAGAGUGUGAAAUAGUGAAUAAGAGUAAUCGACCCAUUGCAGCAGGUGUUAUUGGAUUAGCAACAUUGUAUAAAAAACUUAGGUACUCAUGGGAAGAUGAAAAAGCACAUGAACUCAACAAGAAAAUAUUUGCAAAUAU